AUGCAGUUCUGCUGAAAGGAUUGUAUCAAAAUGAAGAGGCAGAGGACAGACUCUCCUGAACCCAGCUGUGUGUCCAUGAAGAGUGAUCAGUCUAAACGCGGCCUUAUUGACCUCAAACAAUCAGCAGGUGGAAGUAUCAAAACAAAGAGGCAGAGGGCAGACUCUCCUGAACCCAGCUGUUUGUCCAUGAAGAGUGAACAGUCUAAACGCGGCCUUAUCGACUUCAAGCAAUCAGCAGGUGGAAGAGGUCAGCUGGAAACAUCAGAGUUCUGCAAUGAUCAGCCCAAGCAGCAAAAAACAGACCUGGACUCCAUAUUUAUGCUGCUGGAGGAGAACAUUAUCAUUUUUGUGAAGAACGAACUGAAGAGAUUUCAGAAGGCUCUGAGUCAGGAUAACCCAGAAUGUCACAGUGAGGAUGAGGAGGUGUUGGUUGGUGAAUAUGAAGAGCAGAGGAGCAGCAGAGAGGCAUUUCUGAAGAUUACACAGAACUUCCUGAGGAGAAUGAAGCAGAACGAGCUGGCUGACCAUCUGUUGCACGGAACUCCUGCUUCAGUUUGCCAACAUAAACUCAAGUCUAACCUGAAGGAGAAGUUCCAGUGUGUGUUUGAGGGGAUCGCUAAAGCAGGAAACCCAACCCUUCUGAAUCAGAUCUACACAGAGCUCCACAUCACAGAGGGAGGGACUGGAGAGGUCAACGAGGAACAUGAGGUCAGACAGAUCGAAACAACAUUCAGGAAAUCACACAGACCAGAAACAACCAUCAGACAAGAAGACAUCUUUAAAUCUCCACCUGGAAGAGAUGAACCAAUCAGAACAGUGAUGACGAAGGGCGUGGCUGGCAUUGGGAAAACAGUCUUAACACAGAAGUUCACUCUGGACUGGGCUGAAGGCAAAGCCAACCAGGACAUCCAGUUCACAUUUCCAUUGACUUUCAGAGAGCUGAAUGUGCUGAAAGAGAAAACGUUUAGCCUGAUGGAGCUUGUUCAUUACUUCUUUCCUGAAACCGAAGAAGCAGGACUCUGCAGGUUUGAAGGGUUUCAGGUCGUGUUCAUCUUAGAUGGUCUGGACGAGUGUCGACUUCCUCUGGACUUCCACAAAACUAAAAUCCUAACUGAUGUUAAAAAGUCCACCUCAGUGGAUGUGCUGCUGACAAACCUCAUCAGGGGGAACCUGCUUCCAUCUGCUAGUCUCUGGAUAACCACACGACCUGCUGCAGCCAGUCAGAUCCCUCCUGGGUGUGUUGACAUGGUGACAGAGGUCAGAGGGUUCACUGACCCUCAGAAGGAGGAGUACUUCAGGAAGAGGUUCAGAGAUGAGGAGCAGGCCAGCAGAAUCAUCCCCUACAUCAAGACAUCCCAAAGCCUCCACAUCAUGUGCCACAUCCCGGUCUUCUGCUGGAUCACUGCUACAGUUCUGGAGGAUGUGCUGAAGACCAGAGAGGGAGGAGAGCUGCCCAAGACCCUGACUGAGAUGUUCAUCUACUUCCUGGUGGUUCAGUCCAAAGUGCAGAACAUCAAGUAUGAUGGUGGAUCUGAGACAGACCCACACUGGAGUCCAGAGAGCAGGAAGAUGAUCGAGUCUCUGGGUAAGCUGGCUUUUGAGCAGCUGCAGAAAGGAAACCUGAUCUUCUAUGAACCAGAUCUGAUGGAGUGUGGCAUCGAUAUCAGAGCAGCCUCGGUGUACUCAGGAGUGUUCACACAGGUCUUCAGAGAGGAGAGAGGACUGUACCAGGACAAGGUGUUCUCCUUCAUCCAUCUGAGUGUUCAAGAGUUUCUGGCUGCUCUUCAUGUCCACCUGACCUUCACCAAUACUGGAGUCAAUCUGAUGGCAGAGGAAGAAACAACAUCCAGAUCUACAAUGACAGAGCUCUACCAGAGUGCUGUGGACCAGGCCUUACUGAGCCCAAAUGGACAUCUGGACUUGUUCCUCCGCUUCUUCCUGGGUCUGUCACUGACCAGCAAUCAGAAUCUCCUACAAGGUCUGUUAACAAAAACAGAAAGUGACUCAGAGAUCAGACAGGAAACAGUCCAGUACAUCAAGACAAAGAUCGACGAGGAUCUGUCUGCAGAGAAGAGCAUCAACCUGUUCCACUGUCUGAAUGAACUGAAUGAUCGUUCUCUAGUGGAGCAGAUCCAACAGUCCCUGAGAUCAGGACGUCUCUCAAAAUUUCUGUCUCCUGCUCAGUGGUCAGCUCUGGUCUUCAUCUUACUGUCAUCAGAGAAAGAUCUGGACGUGUUUGACCUGAAGAAAUACUCUGCAUCAGAGGAGGCUCUCCUGAGGCUGCUGCCAGUGGUCAAAGCCUCCAACAAAGCUCUGCUGAGUGGCUGUAACCUCUCAUUGCGAAGCUUUGCAGCUCUGUCCUCAGUCCUCACCUCCUCCGGACUGAGAGAGCUGGACCUGAGUAACAACAACCUUCAGGAUUCAGGAGUUGAGCAACUUUGUGGUGGACUAAUGGAUCCACUUUCCUCAUUGAAAUCUCUCAGACUGAGUGGCUGUAACCUCUCAGAGAGAAGCUGUGGAGCUCUGUCAUCAGUUCUCAGCUCUUCCAGAUUGAAAGAGCUGGACCUGAGUAACAACGACCUGCAGGACUCAGGAGUUGAGCAACUUUGUGGUGGACUUAAAGAUCCACUGUCUACACUGGAAAGUCUCAGGCUGAGUGUCUGUAAUCUCUCAGAGAGAAGCUGUAGAGCUCUGUCCUCAGCCCUCAGCUCCCAGUCCUCCAGUCUCAGAGAGCUGGACCUGAGUAACAACAACCUGCAGGAUUCAGGAGUGGCGCUGCUGUCAUGUGGACUGGAGAGUCCACAAUGCAAGCUGGGCUCUCUCAGUCUGUCUGGCUGUUUGGUCUCAGAGGAAGGCUGUUCUUCUCUGGCCUCAACUCUGAGCUCAUCCUGUCUGACAGAGCUGGAUCUGAGCUACAAUCAUCCCGGAGAACGAGGAGAGAAACUACUAUCUGCUCUACAGGAGGAUCCACACUGCAGACUGAAGACACUGAGGCUGGACCAUGGUGGACAGCACAGACUGAAACCAGGUCUAAAGAAGUAUGCCUGUGAGCUGGAAGUGGACACAAACACAGUGGACAGGGAACUCAAACUGUCUGACAACAACAGAACGGUGACACGUGUGAGAAAGGAUCAGCCAUAUCCUGAUCAUCCUGACAGAUUUAACUGGUCUCAACUGCUGUGUCGGACUGGUCUGACUGGUCGCUGUUACUGGGAGGUCGAGUGGAGAGGAGGGGUUUAUGUAUCAGUGAGUUACAGAGGAAUCAGACGGAGAGGAAACAGUCAAGAAUGCUGGUUUGGAUGGAAUGAUCAGUCCUGGAGUCUGAUCUGCUCUGAUCGUGGUUACUCUGUCCUUCACAAUAACAGAGAAACAUUUAUCUCCUCCUCCUCCUCCUCCUCCUCUUCAUCCUCUGGUAGAGUAGGGGUGUAUCUGGACCAUCCUGCUGGCUCUCUGUCCUUCUACAGAGUCUCCUCUGACAGACUCAUCCACCUCCAUACCUUCAACACCACAUUCACUGAACCGCUCUACCCUGGGUUUGGCUUUUGGUUAUCUCUUGGUUCCUCAGUGUCUCUUUAGCUCAAACUCUGCUGCCUGGAUUCAUAGCUUAGUCAGACUACACACUAGGUAAAUUAUCAUCUCUGGUUAAUCUGAUAUAUUUUGUUAAAAGCAUGUCAGUAACUCUUCACUAGUUGAACUUGUAUUUGUGUGUAUAUCACAGUUCAACAGGAGCAGUCAUUUUUAUAUUAAGUCCAAAAUCAUCCAUGUUAGUGUUGUUUUAGCUUAGAUACUUUUGUUUUGUCCAACAUAGCCCAAAGACACUAAAAACUGAUCAGAUAUUACACAUUAUAAAAUAGGGCCAAACACAAUGGCUCCCUCUAUCAAACAAAUGCUUCAAAAAUGUUUUCAAUGCAUCGUACAAUUGAGCCAACACUUUUUUUUGGCCCAUUUUGAACCCUGUUGGUAAAAUGGGCCAAAUAGUGUGUCAAAGAGGAACCUUCAGCAUUAGAGAGAUAUCAGUUAAUUACCUGAAGAAAAGAAGAAGAAAUGUCUUCAACUGCACAGACGGAUAACCUUGCAAAGCAGAUGGAUCCGCCCGUUUCCUUGUUUUUCACUGGCGAAUCCAUCUUGUUAAGCUCCUAUCUGAACCG